AUGGUCCGAUUCGUCACGGAGCACUACGCCGGUAAAGGCGUGCUGCUCACGGGCGCAACGGGCUUCAUUGGCAAGGUCAUGCUCGAGAAGCUCCUUCGUGAAGUCCCGGACCUGGCCUCGAUCGACGUCCUCAUCCGCGGACGUGGAGCCAGCGCACCUGCUGCCGCCCGGCUGGAGACCGAAGUCCGCGACUCGCCUGCCUUUGACUUGCUUCGUGCCCUCUGGCCGCCACCGUAUGGGCUGGACAGAGAGCUUGUGGCUCCGGCUAGAGCUGGUCUCGUUGCUCCGGAUGUGGCCGCACACCUCACCGCUACCUACCCCUCCUUCAACGCUUACUUUGCCGCCAAAGUCCGGCCGCUCGCCGGCGAUCUCACCCUCGAUCGCCUGGGGCUAGACGACGCGACGGUGACGCGUCUCCUUGCCGACGUCCACGUUGUGCUCUCAGUCGCGGCUUCGGUUGCGUUUGACAACCCGCUGCCCGAGGCCAUUGCGCUCAACAUCCGCGGCCAGCUCGCCCUCUUUGACAUCAUGAUGGCCUCGAACAUCCUCGUCUCGUUCACACACAUCUCAACCGCGUACGUUGGCUCCAACCGCGACGACGGGCUUGUUCCAGAGGGUGUACUUCCGCUCCCGGCGGGAAUGGUCGCCGAUCCAGAGGUCGAGUAUGCUAACCUCAUCGCCACCCCGCCCGACGAGCUCAUUGCCCGCCAGGCCACCAUCAUCGGCAAGUAUCCGAACACCUACACCUACACCAAAGCGCUGGCCGAGCGCCUGCUCCACGCGCGUCUUCUCGCCGCCGCCGCGCACCGCAACGUUCUCCUCGUCACCAUCCGGCCCACCAUUGUCGGUGCGGCCUACGCCGAGCCGUUCCCCGGCUGGGUCGACGCCGUCUCGGCCGGUGGCGCUCUCUACCUCUUUGCUGGUGUUGGCGUUCUCCAGUUUGGCAACGGUGAUGCGAGCCUCAUCGGCGACCAGAUCCCGGUCGACUACGUCUCUAACUUUGUGCUCACCGCCGCGCCGACACUGCUCGCCACCGGCGCCGCGGUCGUACCCGCGACUGGCGCCGGCCAUCCUGCGCAAGAGUUCAUCUUUCACUCGGGCUCGUCGGCCCUCAACCCCGUGACGUGGAAGACCACCGGCGAGGCUGUCAUCUCGUACUGGAACGAGAACGCGCCCGACGCCGGCUUCCGCCCCGCCGAGUUCCUCUUUCACUCACGGCUUGUCGCCGACUUUCGCCGCUUAGUCUCGUAUGCCACCCCUGCCGCGAUUGCCUCGCUCUAUGCACACAUCGUCCCGAUCAAGGCCAACACCAAGGCUGCCUUGCAAGCGCGCGGACUAUCCUCCCAGGCCUCGUUCCUCAUCUCGGCUUUUCGCCGAUUCAUGACCCACGAGUGGAUCUUCGACAUGACUCACUCGGACGCGCUGCUUCUCGCCCCGCUGGCAGCCGCUGACACUGCGCAGACGUGGCGCGUCGACGUCCGCGACCUCCACUGGCCGACUUUUAUAUCUCAGUUUGCGUACGGCCUCCAUCGGUUUGUGCUCGGCGAGCCGGUUCGCCUCGCCUCGCCACCUGCCUACCGCCCGCACUCGGUCCUUGACGAAGCCAUCCUCUCAACCCGUGCCGGCCAUGCGCUCGACACCGCGGCAUGGGCCGCGUCGGCGCCGCUGUCCAUCUCGCACGCCGGCGACGGCGUCCCCGUCUCGGCGUCGGACGUUCGCCACGUCGUCCUCGCCUCGCCGCGCCUCCGCGCCACUCUCCGCAGCCUCGCCUCGUCCAAAGCCCACUACCGCAAGCUCAAAGCUGCAGCCCGUGCCGAGCUCGAUCGCAUGGCGGCCGACAUGGCGCCGUCGGCCAUGCGAUUUGCUGCCUGGCUCCUUCGCCUCCUCUGCACCCGGCUCUACGCCACGGUCUCGUUCAACUCCUGGGGCGCCGAAAAGGUCCUCGGCCUGGUCGCCUCAUCGGCCGCGGACCUGGGUAUUGUCUACGUCCCGAGCCACCGGUCGUACCUCGACUUUAUCCUCCUCUCCUACCUGUGCUUCCAGCUUGGCCUCCCCGUCCCGCACGUGGCGGCGACUGGUGACUUCCUCUCGACGCCCAUGAUCUCAGGCCUAAUGCGAGCUGCCGGUGCGUUCUUUAUCCGGCGCUCCGGCAAAACGUCGGACCCAGUCUACCGCGCCGUUCUCGCCGAGUAUAUGGCGAGCGUCAUCAACCACGGCGCCGCGCUCGAGUUCUUUGUCGAGGGCACCCGCUCACGGACCGGAAAAUCGCUCCCGCCGCGCCUCGGCCUUCUGACCCAGCUUGCCCAACUGCAGGCCUGCGGCGCGCUCAACAGGUCGCUUGUCUUCGUCCCGGUCUCGAUUGCCUUUGAACGACUCAUCGAAGCUCCGCUCUACGGCCGCGAGCUGGAUGGCCAGCCCAAGACGCCCGAGACGUUUCUGGGCGCCCUCGCCGGCGUCCGCGCCAUCCUCAACAACGACUACGGCCGGGUGGCUGUUGAGUUUGGCGAGCCGCUCCACCUCGCUGACGCGCUGCCGCUCGGCGCCGAGUCGUGUGAGGACGAGCUUCGUGCCGGUGUCGCCGCAUUUGCCACCCGCAUCUCGCACCGGCUCGACGCUGGCAUGACUCUCUUCCCGACACACCUCCUCGCCGCUUCGCUGUUGGCUGCCCCUGGGCCAGUCGCUGUCAACGACCUAGUCUCUGCCACCGACGCCCUUCGGGCCGCCGUCGAGCUGCGGACAGGCGCAAGCUUGCGGCGAGCCGACAUGCUCCCGAUUGUGGCGUCGGGCUCAAUCACCCGGGCGGCUAAGCUACUCGCCCCGUUUGUGGUCUCGUGCGAAACCACCGCGCGGCUGGCACCGGCCGACCCGCAAGCGCGACUUGUCCUUGCCACCUACAAGAACUCGCUGCUCCGUGUAUUCGCUCUGGACGCAGUUGUUGCUCUCGCGAUGCGCGGUGGGCUGGUCCGGCGGGCGCUGGCAGCGCGGGCUGUCCGUCUUGCCGCCAUCCUGGGUGCCGAGCUCCUCCUCGCCAAUCACGUCCCGGCGCCGGAGAACCUCGCCGACGAGCACUGGCUCGACGACUACGUGGCAACCGAGUUUGUGGGCCUUGUGGCGCGGCUCGCCGUCUUUUCGCCGCUAACCCUGGGCUACAUCGAUGGCUCGCCCGGCCCGCUGCCGAGUGCCGAGCCGCUGGCCGCCCUCGUCGCCCCAUCGCCGCUGGCUACUGCGCCAUGGUCGGAGCCUCGGGCAGCCGUCAUGGACCGCGCCCGCGCGCUUGCAGCGCUUGGAGACCGCUACGAGUCGCGAUCCACUGAGACGCUCAAGGCCGCCCUGGCAUGGCUCAUCAAGGCCGGUCUCGUAGUGCCUAGCAUCCGCAAGUCUGGGCGCGAGGCGCUGAGCCUCGCGCGCGGCGCCCGCGACAUCCUCGAAGAUACACACGCUCUUCUCGCCGACUUGACCACUGCCCGUGGCGGCGCGGCGCAGCUCUCCAAGCUGUAG